AUGAGUGGGGAGUGGGUGUACCCAAACCAGGCCCUGAUCUGGGCUCUUUGGGUCCUUGCAGCUGCCACCGAGGGGCCAGCUGCUGAUGCACCCGUGAGGAAUACCAGGCUGGGAUGGGUCCGGGGCAAGCAAGCCACUGUGCUGGGAAGCGCCGUGCCUGUGAAUGUGUUCCUUGGGGUCCCCUAUGCUGCACCCCCUCUAGGACCCCUGCGAUUUGCGAACCCGAAGCCCGCGUUGCCCUGGAAUGACUUCCGAGAUGCCACAUCCUACCCUAACUUGUGCCUCCAGAACACGGAGUGGCUGCGCUCAGAUCAACGCAUUCUCAAGGUGCAUUACCCCAAAUUCGGAGUGUCAGAAGACUGCCUGUAUCUUAACAUCUAUGCGCCAGCCCAUGCAGACACCGGCUCCAAGCUCCCCGUCAUGGUGUGGCUCCCCGGGGGCGCCUUCCAGACUGGCUCAGCCUCCAUCUUCGACGGGUCCGCCCUCGCCGCCUACGAGGAUGUUCUGGUUGUGACUACCCAGUAUCGGCUAGGAAUGUUUGGCUUCUUCAACACAGGGGACGAGCACGCUUUGGGGAACUGGGCCUUCAUGGACCAGCUGGCCACCCUGACCUGGGUCCAGGAGAACAUCGCAUCCUUUGGUGGGGACCCACGCUCUGUGACCAUCUUUGGCGAGUCAGCGGGAGCCAUAAGUGUAUCCGGCCUUAUUCUGUCCCCCCUGGCCAAUGGCUUAUUCCACAAAGCCAUCAUGGAGAGUGGGGUGGCCAUCAUCCCUUACCUGAAGGCCCCUGACGAUGAGAGAAAUGAGGAUUUGCAGAUGGUUGCGAAUAUCUGCGGUUGCAGCGUGGCGGACUCCGAGGCCCUGCUGCAGUGCCUGAGGACAAAAUCCUCCACGGAGUUGCUAGGCAUAAACCAGAAAACCAAGUCUUUCACUCGAGUGGUUGACGGUUUUUUCUUUCCUGAUGAGCCUCUAAAACUAUUGACUCGAAAAACAUUUAAUUCAAUUCCUUCUAUCAUCGGAGUCAAUAACCACGAGUGUGGCUUCCUGCUGCCCAUGAAGGAGAUUCCUGAGAUUUUCGGAGACUCCAACAAGUCUCUCACCCUGCGCUUGAUACACACAAUCCUGCACAUGCCUCCCCAGUAUUUACGCCUUCUGGUUGAUGAAUACUUCUACAACAAGCACUCCCUGGUUGAAAUACGAAACAGGUUGCUCGACUUGCUUGGAGAUAUGUUCUUUGUGGUCCCGGGGCUCGUCACAGCUCAGUAUCACAGAGAUGCUGGCGCACCCAUUUACUUCUACGAGUUCCAGCACCGGCCCCAGUGCUUUAAGGACACGAAGCCAGCCUUCGUCAAAGCAGAUCAUUCUGAUGAAAUUCGCUUCGUCUUCGGAGGCGCCUUCCUCAAGGGUGACGUUGUCAUGUUCGAAGGAGCCACAGAAGAGGAGAAACUGCUGAGCAGGAAGAUGAUGAGAUACUGGGCCAACUUUGCUCGGACCGGGGACCCUAACGGGGAAGGCCUGCCUCUGUGGCCAGCCUACAAUCACGCGGAGCAGUACCUGCAGCUGGGUUUGAACCUGAGUGUGGGACAGAGACUCAAGGAGAUGGAGGUGGCGUUUUGGACGAAGACUGUCCCCCUGAUAAUGUCCACUUCCGGAGCGCUCCCUGGUCCUCUUUCCUCCUUAAUCUUUCUUUCUCUGCUCUUACCUUUUUUUCUCGCUUUUGCUCCUUGA